UUCCCCAGUCCAAAGACAUGAUCUGUAUGCUGAUUGGCAUUUCCAAAUUGUCUGUAGUGUGUGAAUGUGUGUGCGAUUGUGCCCUGUGAUGGGUUGGCACCCUGUCCCGAGUGUCCCCCACCUUGUGCCCCGAGUUCCAUGAGAUAGGCUUCAGGUUCCACGUGACCCUGUGUAAGAUAAAUGGUACAGAAAAUGGAUAGAUGGUUGGAUGGAUUUAUACCCUGCGUUUGCUUUAUGAUAAUAGUAAUAAUAAUAAUGAUGAUGAUUAUUAUUAUUAUUAUUAUUAUUUACAAUAGCACAAGAUAGAAAGUACUCUUGAUUUAGUUAUUUGAUUAAAAGCUCCUUUGUAGCCUAUAUGUGGAUACGUAUACAAAUAGCCUGCUACAAUUCGAAAUAAAAUGGCAUAAUAUUUAAAAAAAAAAAAAAAAAAGGAAUAAAAAAGAUGCAUUGCACAUUGCAGAGCAUUUAAAAUUGGCGGUCUCCUCUUGCGUCCCAGCAUUCCUUGCGUCCGCAUCGUCGGCCAGCUCGCGGCGUGAGUGGACGAUGCGUUUUUGUUCCGGCUACACCUGCUCAGUCCAGCCGGAAGUGCAGCGCUAUUAAUCCUGAAGUAUUAAUCCUUCUUUACCUGGAGGCAGAAGAGGCGAUCUUAGUUUGCUGCGUUGGCGGGGAAACGCGUUUGCGCGCCUGAUCCGAUGGACGCGUCGUGUUAGUGCGCGGCACGCGGUUAAUGCGGGCUCAAACACACUUGGUCGGCUCCCUGCAAGUUGGGCUUAUUGUUGUUUUCUUGCGCUGAAGCAUUGAGGUCUGUGCGACUCAAACCUGCAAUGGGAUGCUGCGGUAGCGCAGAGAGGGUGAAAAGAGAAUGGAAACCCUUGGAGGACCGAAGCUGCACAGAUCUCCCAUGGUUCCUUCUAUUUAUGCUCUUCUGUGGGGGAAUGGGUGCUAUCUGUGGCUACACUAUAGUGACAGGUGGUGCAGCACGCCUGGUGUUUGGAUAUGACAGCUACGGCAACACUUGUGGCCAGACCAAUGAGGCCAUAGAAGGGGUCAGGCUUAGCGGCUUGGACCACAGAGACAGAAAAUAUGUGUUCUUCCUGGACCCAUGCAACUUAGACAUAAUUCAAAGGAAGAUUAAAUCUAUGGCACUGUGUGUGUCACAGUGUCCUACUGAGGAGAUGAAAACAUACGAAGAUCUACGAAGAUUUGCCAUGUGGAAUAACUCAGAGCUCUGCUCCUAUGAGCUGGCUGCCCAUAGGUACCCAAGCCUUCCAGAGCGCUUUGACAAAUGUCCUAAACUUCCAGUUCCACAAAGUAAAGCUCUGCCGGUGUUUAACCGCUGCACGCCCGUGGACAUUUCCUGCUAUUCUAAGUUUGCAGAGGCAGUGGUGACGUUUGUCAGUGAUAACACCAUACUCCACAGGCUGAUCGCUGGGGUGGUGGCCAGUAAAGAGAUCAUUGCGGGGCUUUGCCUGCUAGCGCUGGUGCUCUCCAUGAUCCUGAUGGUGAUUAUUCGCUACAUCUCUGCAGUCCUGGUUUGGAUUCUCACUGUUCUUGUGGUGCUGGGCUCACUAGGAGGGACCAGCUUUCUGUGGUGGUUAUAUAUAGACCACAGGCUGACGAUGAACGAGACUCUGGCUACAGAUUUAAAGGAAGCAACAGAAACAAAUGGAGAAACCGUGGCUUCCAAAGACCACAUGCGAGGACUACUGGUCUACGCUACCUCAGCAACUGUGUUCACAGUGAUCUUGCUGUUGCUGAUGCUGUUCAUGAGGAAGCGAGUGGCUCUAACCAUUGCUCUGUUCCACGUGGCCGGGAAGGUUUUCAUUCACCUGCCGCUGCUGGUGCUGCAGCCUUUCUGCACCUUUCUCGCCCUCUUCCUCUUCUGGGUCUACUGGAUCCUAGUACUCCUCUUCCUCGGAACCACUGGGAAUCCAGAGAAGAAUGAACAGACAGGCCUGACUGAGUUCAGACUGAGUGGCCCGCUGCAGUACCUCAUCUGGUACCAUGCCGUGGGUCUCAUCUGGAUAAGUGAGUUCAUCCUGGCCUGUCAGCAGAUGACUGUGGCUGGAGCUGUGGUCACAUACUACUUUACCAGGGACAAGAACAAGCUCCCUAUGACGCCCAUCCUGUCAUCAGUGUUUCGUUUGAUCCGUUACCACCUGGGCACCGUGGCCAAGGGCUCCUUCAUUAUCACCCUGGUCAAGAUUCCGCGCCUCAUCCUCAUCUACAUCCGUAAUCAGCUCAAAGGAAAGGAGAACGCAUGCGCACGCUGUAUGCUAAAGGCGUGUAUUUGUUGCCUGUGGUGUCUGGAGAAGUGCCUCAAUUAUCUAAAUCAGAACGCAUACGCGGCGACGGCCAUCAACAGCACCAGUUUCUGCACGUCGGCACGUGAUGCAUUUGUGAUCCUGGUGGAAAAUGCUCUGAGGGUUGCAGCCAUCAACACCGUGGGAGACUUUGUGCUUUUCCUGGGCAAGGUCCUGAUCAUGACGUGUACAGCAUUUGCGGGGGUGCUGGCGCUGAACUAUCAGAGGGACUACACGGAGUGGGUGCUGCCACUCAUCAUCGUGUGCCUGUUCGCCUUUCUGGUAGCCCACUGCUUCCUGUCCAUCUUCGAGAUCGUGGUGGACGUGCUGUUUCUCUGCUUCGCCAUCGACACCAAAUACAACGACGGCACACCUAGCAAGGAAUUCUAUAUGGACAAAGCCCUUAUGGAGUUUGUGGAGAACAGCCGGCGGUCGGUGGCGCCGGCAGAGCGGGGACGGAGCAGCAAGCGGUCUCGUGCUCGUGAGGAGGCGGGGCUGACUGAGAUGAAAGCCAUGGUGAGUGUGAGCGUGACACCGGCAGACUGUGAGUGGGAGGUCCUACAGGAGUUCCUACUCUACUACCUGCUACUUUGUGUGUUGGUGGACUGGGUGCUGUCUGAGUACAUGCUCAUCAUAUGCUUCAGUCAAGACUUCAUCAUCUUCAUUUGUGUGUGUCUACCUAUUCUCACACUCUUCCUGCUGCUCACACUGCUUCAGAACACACCCAGCAUGGCCACAUGCUGACUAACACUCGCUAUCGACAUUACUAUCUUUAUUUGUCCUUCAAUCCUUUCUUCGUUCUAUACUCACAGAGUCUUUUUUUUCCAUGCAUGAACUCUUUAUUUUGCUGUUGUCCUUCUUGCCUGUGUUGUUAUUUUGUUUUUGUUUUUUUAAUUUCUGGCUGUCUUGUAUCCAAAGUGCCCUUGUGUAAAUAGUAUUUUUUUUUCUCUGUGGCCUUAUAGUCACCAUGUUGCUUUUGGAGGAGAGGAUUUUGAGCUCGACCAUGCAGGGGAUGGAACUGGCAGGCAGGAAAAUGAGCCGCAGUCAGCAGGAGGAAAGAGGGAGGGAGGGAGGGUUUAUAAGCUUGAGCAGCGUACACACUCUCCACCAAAAUGCUGGCUCUGAGUCACGUUCCAGCCCCAUGGGUGCUGUCAUUAAGUGGCGGCGCACACUUGGUUCUGCAUUAUUUGCUACUGAAUUAAGGUACUCUUUGGGAUGUUUUUUUUUGUUUUGUUUUGUUUGGAUUUUUCAGGAUUCAGGAUAUACGAUUGGCUGUGAUAAGCUUCUCUAGUGACGUGUGAGAAUGUUGAUAUUUCUUUGAGUAAUAUUCAGGUGGAGGAUUACAAACAAAUUGAAUCUUUUAGUGGUAUUCUUUGGACCACUAAAGUCUCAAGACAGUCUGGUUUUCCACUAUUGCUUGUCCCAGCAUGUCCUCUCAUUUCUCUCUAACAUUCAUACCUGCACUCAUCCUUCAGGUUUUUCUCAUUUUGUGGCAUUAUGAGUCUUUUUGUGGCAGGUAUUUUUUUAUCCCUGUUGUUUGUAAUAAAAAUGUAAUCACUGUUUUCCUCUUAGGCGCCUGGAACAAGCUCAGCUUGACCAAAAGCCGACCAUGGGACUUUUUAAAGACAUUCCAAAAUGUUUAUUUUUACCAAUGUGUAACAUGUUUACUAUGGUUUCACUCCAGGGAAUACAAUAUUUUAAUAAGAAACUGUAAAAAAAAAAAAGAAAUAACAAUGUAAUGAAGCACUUUAUAUUGAAGCGCUGCAUAUUUUAAAAGGCUGAUGCAUUUUUCGUAGUGAUGUCCUUUUUUAUAAGACUAAAAAACAAUUGCCAUCUAGUGAAACACAGUAUUAAUAAUGUCUAGAAUCACUGUUUUUAUUAUGUAAAAUUUUCAUAACAGACUUUUGUUCCUUUCUCUUAAAUGGGUUUCUUGAGGUUUGGUAGAAACCUUUGUGUCAUGCAGCAAUGAAGGACUUGAUUGUUUUUUUUGUUUUUUUUUUAAUUGUCUAACACUGAAGCAUCUGUACAUCAUUUGCUCUUAUUGAUAUUUUUAUUACACCUAGUCACAGUAUGGAUGUGUAUUUGGAAGGAAGAUUAGAGGCUGAGUUUUUUUGUUUUGUGCCUCAGUGUUAAAGCAUUGAUUCCCCCCAAAAAAGAUUUUAGAUCUGAUUGUUUCUACACAUGGAAGGGAAUUGCUUUACCUUUGUCUUUUUUCCUGAGAGGAUAAAACCCAAUGAUUUAAACAUCCAAAUGAAAGUUGUUUGAAUCUUUUAGGCUAGUGAAAGCUAUUGUGCUAUGAGCCUUCAGUUUUUUUUUUUUUUUUUUUUGUUUUCUUUUUUUGAAGUUUACGUUGAGCUAAAUAUAAAGUAUCAUUUGAGAUUAUGUACUGAUGAUAAUUAGGAUAUUAAAUGCAAACACUGAAUUAGCAUUUAGACUCUGAGACGCUGGAUACGUACCACCCAGGAUCUUGUUAACCGUCGUUGCAUAGUUUAUUAACCCUAACAUAUUUCAUAGCUGAGCUGCAAGUCUUUAGCUACCGCAUCACAUAAAUCUCUGGGCUUAGAUGCGCAUUUCGAGUGCUGAUGUGAAAUCAGAUUGCUUGCAUGUUUUCUACACUGAUCUUAUUGUAGAUUUUUGCUCCAACUUUUCAUGAAUAGAAGCCCAGGACCUGGUUUCCUGAUUGUGUCCAAGUACGAAGUUCAUUUUUGAUUAUCCUACUGUAAAUUAAUGGCUCUCACAAAUAUUUAACAGUGUGGUGCUUUUGGGACACCAGGCCCUGGUCUCUCCUUGAACACAGGGUGAUUUCCAUAGUCCCUUCUUCAGGCAAUGGGAAAGAGAAAUUCUGAAAAUAUUACUGCAUGUGAAAUUUUUUAUUUUUAACUCAUCAACUCUGAGUAGUAUUAACCUGUCACUGAAUAUAAGUCCACUACUAUAGUUUUCUCACACUGCAUCCUGUGGAGAGUCCGGGUGCUUUAAAUCUGUGUGAUGUGUGAGCGUCCACUUUUACUUCUGCAGCAAACUCAAGUCUUCCUACUUGCACUACAUUUCAGAACCUUUUUUUUUUUUUUUUUUUGUGAGGCAUCCCUGUGAUACCGAGUGGCUUGGAGAGGAGAGGCACACAAAAACUCGCACCUUGCCUUAACCCAUUCAGCAUGCAGCACAUCCUGCUGGAUUAAAUUGGUUGGUUACAGUAUUUUUGCAGUACAGUAUGACCUUCAACUGCAGAGAGCUUGUAAGCCUUAAACCAGUUCAAGCUUUCCAUGACACAUUCGGUAUCUAAUCAGCAGUGAAACUACAAGCGAGUCAUUUAUGUACAGCAUGUGGAUAGGAGGAGUCAAGAUUUUAAUAAUUGCUUUGUAGGUGUAUUCUUUAUUAAAGGAGUGUUUGGAGGAUUUUAGGCAACAUUUGCCAGGUGUUUAGGAACUGGAACAAGGGAACUCAUGGUCAUGAGGGGGGUUGGUGUAGGUUCACCUUUAGUAAACAGGUUACCUUAAAAUCUAAGAAAUCCAGCAAUGUUACUUAAUGUUACUUCAAAUUUGAAGUCUAGUUUUUAACAUUCCUUUCUUACAAAGGUUCAGAUAAGCGACUAACAUGACUGAAUGGUGUCAGCAGUUAGCUUUUAAUGCUUCACAAUUAGUGAUUAGUUUGUGGUAAAUACAUAAGUGAAGUGGUUAUGUUUUGUUUUAUAAUGCCGUUUCAUGUUACCACAUUUGACUAGCGCCACAGACAAACAGAUGAGAUUUGAUGCGGGAAGAGCAAACACUUACUUCUCUGUCCAUUUGUCUUUAAACAUUCUUUUUUGUCAUCACUUUUUAAAAAUUAAACCAUGUCAUCAAUUCACUAAUCAGACCAGGGCAAAUAAAAGAAAAAUCAAUAAAAGAGUUAAUGUCUAUGUUUAAAUGCACAUCAAUAUCCGAUAUUAAUCGGAAUUUGGGUAUAUUCUAAUUAGUACUGAGUCAUAUAAACGCCGCAAUCCGACUGCCCAAUUCAGAUUAAGACAAUAUUCUGAUUCCCCAAAUUCUGAUUCCCAUUCUUGGAAUAUGCCUGUUUUAAUAGGAAAUUUGUUACAUGUAAACACCUUAUUCAGAAAAUCCAUUGAAAGCAGAUGUAUGUGCAUGCUUAGUCCGCUAGGAAUUGUGGGUAGCAGAAUCUCCCAGGAAAUAACAGCGGGAAAGGAAAAUCGCAUGUGUAGAUUGGCAUACUUACAGCAACCAUGUGUACAGGAAUAGUCUGAUGCCUGUACGCAUAUAAACAUUGUAUUCGGAAUAUGGCUGCAACCUGAAUAUAUUUCAUGUUUAGAAAAAUAGAGACGCUGAACUACGGCUAGUAUUUUUUCAUAGGUUUAUCAGUUUUGCUCCAGUAUUUUUUCAAGCACUCGGUUUGGUCUUCUGAAAUAUAUACUAGUGGACUAUACUAGGAGCCCUGGAAUAGAACAAUAACCUCUCAAACCUGAGAGAAUAGCACUUAAUGUCCAACACACGCCAUCUGUCAGUUUCUCACUUAUUAUGAAUUUCACAACAAUAAGAGUGAACCUACACCUUCUCCCAAAGCCUUAACUGCAAAGUUAAAGUACCUUAAUAUCUUAACAUAUACAGUAUUUGUCAAUUCUUAUAAAUUGCUUAUAAAAUGUGGAUAUCUUUUCACUAAAAACAGUUAAAAAAAAUAAUCACGUCUACUGAUUCACUUUUGACACAUUCUGAUCAGCCACAUGGUACCUUUGGUUAAUUUCCUAAUAAUGGAACAAUUGCUUUAUGACGGAUUUCAAGUGGACUUGUAUAAGAAUAUUCUGUACAGUGUAUUUGAAGUUGUAACUAUACAUGCUGACUGAUAACAGAAUGUUGAUUUUGUUUUUCUUUGAAAAAGGGACCUUAAAGUGUAUUGUGGUCUUCUGUUUGUUCAUGUGUGUUAUUCCAGGUCUUACAGUAGCGAGGAAUAUGGGAUGUUAUAUAGUGGAUGGUAUCUUGAAAAUAGCUAAAAGUUUGGUUCAGAAAUAUAAACAAAUCAAGAAAAAAAGUAAGAAUUAAUGUUUGUUACAGACACAAGUCCUAUGGUUAAAGCAUGUUAAGAAUUGCACUAAGUACUCAUUUUAACACAGAGAUGGCAUAUAUGUAAAAAAAAAAAAAAAAAAAAAAAAGUACAAAAGAAAAAAAAAAGAUUUAGAUGUAAAAUGGUUAUAAACAUUUCAUUAUGUUGACUAAUUUAUUCUCAAAUGCUUGAAAAACGAAAUUUUUCAGAAAUAGUUAAGAAAUGGUAGUGUGAGUAUUUCUUGACCGCUGAGGUAAGAUGUACGCUGUUAGCAGAAGUUGCCCUUUACUGACUUACUAAAUGCGGUGUUGUGUUUUCUGAUUCUGCUCUGAUUGGGGAGGAUCUGAGAGAGACGAGCUGAUCUUGAGGCAGUGCUGAGGAACAGCAGGCUCCGGCUCUCUGCUCGACCCCACUUUGCCAAAUGGUGCACAAUGUAAAAUUCAGAUGACGUGCACAAAAGCUGUAUUGUUCUAACCGCUUGUUUUGGUAUUAAGUUGAGUCCUUGUUUUUCCUCUUUCUCUCUUAAUUAGCAUGGCGGCUGAGCAGCUGGCAUGUGGCAGGUUCAGGCCUGUCACUGUCCAUCAGAGAGAUGUAGAGAUGCUCUGCUUAUAGCCAGAGCCAAGCUAGUAAUGUCCAUAUUCACAAUACAAACACACACACACACACACUGACACAUACACGUAUAAACACACUUAUACAACCUGCAUGCUCCCAGUCUGGGCUUUUUCUAACUCUAACUCUUUAAAACAAUGAGCCAUUUUUGUAGGACGUGAAUUGUUUGGCGUUAGGAUCCAUGUGACUUAAACACUGACACUUCUAGAAGAAUAGCUUUAUUCAGUGACAAGCCACUGUUUUUAUGUUGUCGAGAUGUGAGUGUGUUUCUCCUCUUCAUUACGGGAAACUGCGCUUCUAUUCUCACCCCCAUGGAGAAAUAGGCCGUUUCUGUGUGAAGAAUACUGUUCUGAAUAGGCAAUACAUCAGUUUCCUUGUCUGGUGUAACACUAGCUCUUAGCUUUUACCUGCAGUAGAGUUGUUUGUAACAUUGAAUUAAGGGUUUUUUUUUUAUAUUUAUGAUUUCAUAUGUAUCUUGUUUUUUAAAGUAAUAAAAAUGGAAAAUUUUAAACAUUGUCCUUAAUUGUUAUUGAAUAUGUAUUGAAAUCUGAGCUACCCUUAAUUCCACAUUCCACGCUUAGACUCAGCUGCUUAUAUGAGGGUGAGAUAAAUGAAAACUUUAAAAGUGCAACAAAUUAGAACUGAAUCCAGUUUACGUAUUUCAGAAGGAAUCCGGAUACUUAUUAAAUGUUGGAACACGUCCAUGGAACGAAAUGGAGAUUAUGUAAAAAUGAUAGUGACACCUAUUUGCAAUAAAUAAUGCAAAAUGAGAUAUAUGUGUGUGUGUGUA